GGCAACGCAGAGACCCGGUGGCCACAUGUGAACCAUUAUAAAACAAGUUGGAACCGGCUUGUAGGACACCAUUCAUCAGCGGUCGUCUCACCGGUCACACUCACUGGAGCGUAAAAAGUUUAAGCAAACGGCGUCAAAUAUGAAGGCGUUCGUAGUGUUGCCUAUGGUGUUGGCCAUCGCUUCCUGUGCGGCAGUUGACGAUUCCCCUAAGAAGGAAAAGCGGGAUCUCUGGGAUGAAGGAUUUGGACAUGGAGGAGAUUCUGGUGGCACCGAUAAGGGAUACGGAGGUGGACUAUCCAGUUACGGUGGAGAUCAUGGACACGUUACUGUAAGCUUCAGUAAAGGACACGAGGAAGGGUCUUCCGGUGGAGGAUAUGGGCAUGAGGAAAGUUCUAAGGGAUCAUCUGGUGGAGGUGACUCCGGUAAGGGAGGCGAACACGGAUUAUCCAGCUACGGUGGAGGCCACGAACAUAUUACGGUCAGCUUCAGCAAGGGACACGAAGAAGAGUCUUCCGGCCAUGGUGGGGAUCAUAAGGAGAGUUCCGGUGGAAAGGGUCAUGAGAUCAGUUUUGGUCUUUUUGAUGCGGGACAUGGCCACAGCUCUGGUGGAAGCGGUGGAGGACAUGGACAUAGCUUUGGCGGCAGCGGACACAGCUUUGGAAGUAUUGGUGGAGGUCACAAGGAGAGUUCUGGUGGUAGCAGUGGAGGACACGGCCAUAGUUUCGGAGACAUCGGAGGAGGUCACGGACACAGUUCUGGACACAGUUUUGGCAGCAUCGGUGGAGGUCAUAAGGAGAGCUCCGGCGGAGGCCACGGAAUCAGUUUCGGCAGUAUCGGUGGAGGUCAUAAGGAGAGCUCAGGUGGUGGUCACGGAAUCAGUUUCGGUGACGGCCACGGUCAUGGUUCUGGAGGUAGCAGUGGAGGACAUGGCCAUGGCUACGGUUUCAUUGGUGGAAGUGACAAGGGAAGCUCCGGUGGUGGACACGGCCAUAGUUUCGGCAGCAGUGGUGGAGAUGAUAAGGGAAGCUCUGGCGGACAUGGUCAUAGUUUCGGUAGCAUCGGUGGUGGUCACGGACACAGUUCUGGACACAGUUUUGGCAGCAUCGGUGGGGGUCAUAAGGAGAGCUCCGGUGGAGGCCACGGAAUUAGUUUCGGCAGCAUCGGUAGAGGCCAUAAGGAAAGUUCAGGCGGUUUCGGUGGAGGUCAUGGAAUCAGUUUCGGUAGCAUCGGUGGAGGCCACAAAGAGAGCUCCGGUGGAGGUCACGGAAUUAGUUUCGGCGGUGACCAUGGACAUAGCUCUGGUGGUAUCAGUGGAGGACAUGGCCAUAGCUACGGUUUCAUUGGUGGAAGUGACAAGGGAAGCUCCGGUGGUGGACACGGCCAUAGUUUCGGUAGCAUUGGUGGCGGCCAUGGUCAUGGUUCUGGAGGACAUGAAAUUAGUUUUGAGAGCUUUGGCGGUGGCCACGGACACGGUUCUGAAGGACACGGUUCUGGAGGACACGGUUCUGGAGGACAUGGUUCUGGAGGUCACAGCUCUGGCGGUGGUGGACAUGAAAUUAGUUUCGGCAGCUUCGGAGGUGGUCAUGGACAUGGCUCGGGAGGUAGCAGUGGAGGACACAGCUCUGGUGGUGGAGGACACGAAAUCAGUUUCGGCAGCUUCGGAGGUGGUCAUGGACACGGCUCGGGAGGUAGCAGUGGAGGUCACAGCUCUGGCGGUGGGGGACACGGCUUUAGCUUCGGAAGCAUCGGAGGUGGCCAUGGACAUAGCUCUGGUGGAGGACAUGAGCCUAUUUUCGCCAGCAGUAAUGGAAAUCACAAACAGAGCUCUGGUGGUAGCAGCGGUGGAGGCGAAAAGGGGAGCUCAGGCGGUUCGGGUGGAGGACAUGGCAAGAGUUCUGGUACAGUUGAUGUGGUGCAUGAGCAUGGUUCUGGUGACCUCAGCGGAGGAUACGGUAGCGUUGGCGGAGGUGAUGGAAAAAGUUCCGGUGGUGAUGGCGGACAUGGCAAAAGUUCUGGUAGCGGUGGCGGACACGGUUCCUCCGGCUCUGAUAAGAUACCCCAACCAGAAACCAAAAUAACCAUUCACAAGACUGUUCCAGCUCCAUACCCUGUUCAAAUCCAGAAGGACGUUCAUGUUCCCUACAAGGUGCCAUAUCCAGUCAAAGUCGAGAAAACGAUCCCAUACGUAGUGGAGAAGACGAUUCCGUUCGUGGUAGAGAAAACUAUUCCUUACAAAGUGGAUAAUCCCGUUCCAUAUCCAGUGGAAGUAAAAGUCCCAGUUGUCCAAAAGGAAUACAUCAAAGUGCCGAAACCGUACCCAGUUCACGUUGAGAAGAUCGUUCCAGAAUACAUCGAAAAACCAGUUUACAUCACAAAGCAUGUACCAGUGACGUACCACAUCAAAGAAAAGAAGAAAGCUUCUUCGAAGUGGUUCUAAAUUGUCAUUUUUACAAGAGCGUAGGUUAAAAGAAAAUGCCUAAGUUAUACAAUUGUACAGUGCUAUCAGACUGAUGUUAUUUAGAUGUAAUGGAUUUUUUUAACUACUUCUGACGCAAGCGUUGCUUUAGAUUUGGAUGAUUUUAAAUUCGAUUGACCAUACCUUAGUCUUCCUUUGGGAUAGAAAGGAAUCGCACAAAUGAACCAGGAGGUAUGGCGUAAAAUUUAUGAAGGAAAUGUUGAAAUCACUCACCCAAAUAAAACUUUUAGUUUAAAUGUAAAGAAAUCUUCAUCCAACUAAAGACUGCUAGAUUUUAAUAUAAUCAUGUGAACUAUUGAUAAGCAAACUUGAAAAGAUGA